UGUAAAAGGACCAAUUGUUGCCAAUUCACAGAGUUUAUAUAAACUUGUCGGACUUGUUCUCGGUGGACAAGUGUAUAGCGUUUGGUGCGUGGAAAUCGUGUUGAAAUCGUGGUGGUUCUUAGAAGAGGACCGUGACCGAUCGCUACCGGACAAGAAAUAAGGUUUGAAGUUGGAUACAAUCGUUAUCCGCGCGAUUCGUUUCGUCGAAAGGAUAGAAACUUAGCAGAGCGAUCGUUAUGAUCAUCGUUUCAUCGAUGUUUGCUCCACCACGAUCAUUCUUUUAUCGUCGUUCGAAUUAAGAUAAUCUCGAGAAACACGAUUCAAUAGCGGAGUUUUAUUUUCAUCGAAAGGAUAUUACGUGAUGAUCGAGAAAGUAAAAGGACAAACGGAUUUUCUCUAAUUAGUCAAAAGUAUUACAAAGUUAUCUAGAUCAAAAUGGGAAAGGGAAUGUUUUUUUCAAGCGGAAAGCAACAAGUAUACCAACUAUUCUUCAUCCAAAUCGUUCUAAUUAUAAUAAUGGGCGCAUUGAUGACAUAUGGACCAGAAGCGAACGUUAAUUUACUAAAGAAUCGCACAGGUGAACACGGACGGAAAUACAUCAAGAAGCCGGAUACAAACCCGUUAUUAGUUUAUCCGAUGUAUCAAGAUGUCCACGUGAUGAUCUGGAUCGGAUUCGGCUUCCUGAUGACGUUUCUAAGGAGAUACGGGCAGAGCGCUGUCGGACUCACCUUCCUUCUAGGCGCUAUUCUCGUCCAAGUUGCCAUCAUCUGCGAAGGAGUGAUACACAUUCAGAAAGAUAACAAAUCUUACUUGUCAUUGAAAAGUCUGCUCAGCGCGGAUGUUGCAGUUGCCACACCGUUGAUAUCCAUGGGUGCUCUUCUCGGUAAGACGACCUAUAUGCAACUCGUGUUCAUGGGCAUCGUUGAACUGAUCAUGUUCACCGUGAACAAGUACGUGGGUGAACAUCUGCUGAUGACCGUCGAUGCUGGUGACAGCAUGUUUGUCCAUACAUUCGGAGCAUAUUUUGGACUUGCCGUUAGUUUCGUAUUCGGGAUGAAGGAGAAACCUAAGGAGCAUCAUCUCGAAGGGCCAUCUUACAAUUCCGAUAUUUUUGCUAUGAUUGGUACGAUAUUCCUAUGGUUGUUCUGGCCAUCGUUCAACAGUGCCGCUCUCGAAGGAGACGAUCAGCAAAGGGCCAUUAUAAACACCCUUCUCUCCAUCUCGGCCAGCUGUGUGAUCGCAUUCGCGACCUCCGCCCUGGUCUCCAAGGAUAGUAAAUUCAACAUGGUGCAUAUACAGAACUCAACGUUGGCCGGCGGUGUAGCUAUCGGCACCGCAGCAGGCAUGAUGUGUCAACCGGUCGGUACUCUGGUCGUAGGCGCUCUGGCUGGAUUACUCAGCGUGCUCGGCUACAAGUAUAUCACGCCACUGAUCCAAAAACAUCUGAGAAUUCACGAUACUUGUGGAGUGCAUAAUCUCCACGGGAUGCCCGGUAUUCUGGGUGGCAUUUUCGGCGCAUUGAUGGCUGCCCUUGCCACUGAAGCCUCUUACGAUUAUUCCCUUUACGAGAUCUUUCCCGCGCGGGCACCAAAUUCUGAAACAAAGUUGGCCGAAAUGAGGGACAAUUAUGGUAUAUCUGCCGGAUUGAACAGGACAGCUGGACAGCAAGCUGCUUAUCAAUUAUUGGCUCUCGUAAUUACACUAGGAAUCGCUAUCGUCUCUGGAUUAGUAACGGGUUUAAUCAUGCGUGUAUUAAUCUGCGGUUCCAUUUCCGAAGAGCAAAAAUUUGACGAUGAAGCUCAUUGGGAAUUGGAAGAGGAAUCUUUGCAAGGAUCAAAAAUUAAAGAAAGCAACAGUUGUAGUAACGAUCAAUUACCAAUGGGUCACAUGUAAGACGGAUUCACUGUUCAAUCAACAGCGGCAAAAGUGUUAUUAGAUGUGCACGAGAAUGAAAAAGAAAAAGAUAUUAUAAUUUUUGAACCUUGAAAAAAACUUGUACAAUUUAUUAAACGAUUAUAUUAAACGUGAUAAUGUUAAACGCAUAUUUAUCGAUGAAAUAAUUGUUGCAUGCGAAAUUGUUUAUGCAUCCAACAGGUAGCAGUUAGAUGUAU